UCCAAUCUAUUCCUGCUCCGACACGGUUGACCCAUGCCACUUGUAAGAAAAAAAUAUAAUAUAUUUGUAUUGAUGGAGGUGUCGCUCACGACAAUUUAAUUUCUCGCACUGGUUUAAAUGUCUGACAACCCACUGAACAUAAAUAAAUAUUAAAGAUGAGUACUUCUAAAUGCUAAAAUUGCUAUUCCUUACUCGUCGCAUAUUAUUGUCUAUGCAUGCUUUGCCUCACCCCUUCCCUCCUUUUUCUUUCCCCGAGGCUUCAAACUGUUCGCUUUUCCCUUCCUCCUCCGCCACUUUCGGCACCCGGCGGGAAUCUUCUCGCCUUUUCUUCCUCUCUCUCCGCUUUUUUAGUUUCUUUCCAAAAUUAGUGAUAGCAACUAACAUCAUCAAGGAAAAGAUUUAUUAACUUUUCCUUUUCUUCUUCGGUGUUUCUUAGAUACCAAACUUGUUCUUAAUCCGACGAGAAAAAUGGGGUCGGAGGAGAACAUGGAUUCGUGUGCCCCAGCUCCCGAGCCGGCUGUGGGGGUGUUCCGGGAAGAGCCAAAAAGUCCCCAAAGUACCCCCGACCGAGCCUGCUACCAGAAAAACGUCUGCUUUGGCUGCAACCAAGAGGGGCACUGGGUGCGGGACUGCCCUUUGAGGGCAAGGCCGAGCCCCGGGUCUCCCGGUUCCGCCGCCGCCGGCAUCGGGGCGCCGGGUGGCCGGGGGUACCCGGAGAGGCAGUGCCCCUGUGGGCGGGGGCCUUGCAUCGUGCUGACAUCGAGGACUGAACGCAAUCCCAACAGGGAUUUCUACCGUUGCCCCGUGAAAUCGGCCACUGAGAAGUGCAAAUUUUUCCUUUGGUGCGACACGGCAAGUCCUAAUCAGCAGCAUGGUUACAGCAGCCCUACAAAACCCUUUCAACAACGUGGUGCCAAAAUCCCUGCAAAGCCUGAUCUGCAGCAUGGUGCGGGCGAGUCUUCAUAUCCGACAUGCUCUUGUGGUGCUGGAAGAUGCAGAGUCCUAACAAUGACAGAUGGGGAGAAUGCUGGUCGUAAAUAUUUCGCCUGCCGGAUAAAGAAGGGUCAAGGAGAGUGCAAUCACUUUCAAUGGGUUGAUGGUCCAGAUUUUAGCCUUGCACAUGAGGAGCCCAAGAAACGAGCAAUGGACAGUGGCACUAAGAACAACGCUUUAGGUGAAAAUGGGCAUCCAAAUUUCAUUCUGGUGCCUGAGCCGAAGGAACCCAGAACAAAUGAUGGUGGAGCAGGUGAGGCAGUGAAUGAAGACAAACAGGAGGAUAUGUUAGAGAUGUUACCUGAGGCAUCAAUUGUUCCAGAAUCACCGCCAUUAUCGCCAAAGAGGCAGAAUCAACCUAACAUCAUGGCAGAACUAUCAGGAAUUAAAAGACUCAGUUUACAUGGUGAGAGCCCAGGUGCAUCAAAGCCAGGAAAAUGCUGUAGAUUUGGUAAAGAGGGGCACUGGAUGAGUGAGCGUGUCGGAUCUCCCAAUUCUCCUUGUUUCAAGUGUGGCAGGUUUGGGCACUGGAAGAAAGAUUGCACGGGGUAAACCAGAUGGAUGAUUCCAAAACUGAAAUGCCUUUGUCUGGGUUACAAGCUGGUGACUGCACUUGUUCAGUUAUAUCUAAACUGGGACUAUUUCUACACCAAUCUGAUGUGUCAUAUCUUUUUAUAAGAACUGAUCAGGAGUGGCCAUCAUCAUAAGUUGUCCUGUAUAUAUUUAUGCGACAAGUAGUUGCCAUCCUCUGUUUAGCAGCUUUAGCUUAUGUUUCGGAAUUAAUUAGUAAUAGAUCCUAUUAUGUGAAAACUAUUAACCUACUUUCUUCCUAUCUUGUUAUAUAUGGUUGCAAGGUUUGGCAUCAACUGGCCUUUGGUGUAUAUGGCAUCAGAUUUCUGAAAGUCAUCCAUAAUGUAGAAAGGCAUUUGUUCUAGACUGAAG